UUCUCUCUCUCUCCUUCCCCCACAAGCGCGUGCGUCUCCUCCCUCCAUCCCUCUCCCGGCGGCGGCGGCGGCGGCGGGCGAACACCGACCGAUCGCGAGCAGCAAUGUCAGGCAAGUACAUCAUCGGUUCGCUGGUUGGAUCCCUUGGCAUUGCAUAUGUCUCCGACACCAUCGUUUCCGACAAGAAGAUCUUCGGAGGCACCGUCUGCAAGACGGCGACAGACAAGGAGUGGUUUCAGGCCACGGACGCCAAGUUCCAGGCCUGGCCCCGUGUCGCCGGGCCGCCGGUCAUCAUGAACCCCAUCAGCCGCCAGAACUUCAUCGUGAAGGACCCCUGAAUGGGCGGCGGCGCGAGCUCGACCAGCGUUUUGCUCCCACCAUGGAGCCAAAGUUUCUUUUCUAGGGUUUUCAAGUUCCUAAUAAAAGUGACUUUAAAGUCAGGGUAUACUAUUUUGUUUUGCGAAUUUCAGUUUCCGUGAGCAACUUUGGAGGGGCUUUACCGCUCGCUCAAACGCCUUUCGAUGAACUCUGUUCCUUGGUGAAAUUUCCCACCAGGCAGUAAAAUAACUGCAUUGUUGUUUCUGCA